AGCAGUUGUGAAUCAGAUGAUCGGCUCUGAGCUCCCUUGUAAAUACACAGCAGUGAUCCGCCGGGGCCAUGCCUUCACAGCCACUUUAAAAUACUUCAACAUCAGCAGAUAUUCACACACGAAGACUUCACGUUCCCGGACGUUCAGUUUGAUCUUCUCCGCCUCGUUUUGGCGCGUUAACGUGUUUCGUUAAAGCAUGUACCGGUCUCUGUACGCCUUCCGAUCCACGGAGCCCAACUCGCUUCACUUCACGGCCGGAGAAAGCUUCCUAAUCCUGGAGAGGAGCAACAAACACUGGUGGCUGGGGUCCCGCUGCAGCUCGGGGGAAACAGGCUACAUCCCGUCUUCAUACAUCGAGAAAAUCCAGGUGAAAAGCCGCUCCUGAAAUGGAAGUUUGUCCUCUCUUUUGUCUCUGUAAAUGCAAGCGGUGACCAAGUCGCACCCUGAGGUGAAGGGAGAUCCAGUGAAGGCGUAUUUACGCUGAUGGAGUCGACACAGGCAGGCAGGCAGGUCCCAUGUUAGUGCUGCAGUGCAGGGCAGGCCGUGUUAAAGCCAGCUGCUUAUUAUUAUGUAAAGAGAGGAAGAUGAAUGUUUUUCAGGAGCACACAUAAAUAAUUUGAAAGGUUUACAUCAUGGGGGACUUGGCCCUGUGUACUGCAGCUGCUCACUGCGACACAGAGGAGAUGGAGCAGGACAGGAUGAAUCUGACAGGAUGUUAACCUGAGACAAACAGAGUCAAGGACAGGACCGAGAGAUCUGUUUACAGUCUAUAAUAUAAUCUGAUCCUGUGAUGACUGUCUCCAUUUUUACACCAAAGUCCAUCACAAAUAGGGGAGAGUGGGGUAAGAUGAGCCAAAGGGUAAGCUGAGCCACCCCCUGUUUCUUGGAAAUGGUCAAAGAAAUUGAUCAUGUGAGCAAAUAUUUAGGAGAUGGUCAUCAAUUCAUGGAGUCUGUGAAGGUUAGAAGAACAUGGGUGAAGAGGUUAGAUAUUUAUUUACAAAAAAAAACAUUUUUCACUCUUGAAGGUGAAUUUAGUCUGUCUUUAGUUUUAUUAGAAUUGUGUUCAGACCAAAAAAACAGUGUUUAAAUACACAUGAAUGUGAAGAAGUGACUGUUAUUUAGGGAGAGAGAAGGUGAGGGAGGGGUGAGGUAGAGAGUGGGGGGGUUGUAGGGAUGCGGCUCAACUUACCCCGCUCCUAUGGUCAACUUACCCCAUACACAGGGAAUGCUAUAUUAUCAAGACAGUUCUGUUUACACUCAUUCUGUUAGUUUACAGGGAUGAACAACAUCUUACUAGUUAGAGACCAAACUAUGAUCGCCUUGAUGUAGUGAUCUGAAAUAUGAAUAACGGCUCAUCUUACCCCACUCUCCCCUAUUCUUGUCUUUGUUGAAUAAGUCCCUACUUCUUUCCACUUGGUUUUUCUCAGUCACACCCUCAUGUGUUUUACAGUGGGGAUUUUCAAAGGACCCAGGCUUACAGUGAACUAGUCAGAGCAUGUAUUGAAUGAAGUCACAGGCGCACACACAGACACUGCAGCAGGAGAGGAAUUCUCUCUCAUGUCUGUAGUGACAUUGACAGUGGAGGUUUCAUGAGUGUGAAGUCUCAGUGGUUUAUAGUGUUUUUUAUAUCUGUCCCAGUUUGGUCCCGCUCACAGACUCACAGGUCCCCGAGGGGCAGAUCUGAGUUGUUUAAAGUUUAAUAAUUAUUUCAGUGAAUGUUUAAUUAUUUCCCUGUUUUCUCUCUCUGUGUCUGUGUGCAUCACUGCCAGGCUCCAGAGCAGGAUGAGGUGCUGCAGUCCAUCGACAGAGCCAUCGAGGGAAUCCAUAAUGUGGCCUUGAAGAAUGGAGGGAAAUACAAUCUGGAGCAGAGAGACGUUCUUCAGUGAGUUCAAACUAAUGAAACCCAUCAGAGCUUUUCCUGAUUCAAUCACGUGUUUCUUCAUGUAAAUCUAUAUCCUUUCUUUGUCUAGAAAAUUGAUCCAUCACAGAAAAGAGACUCUUGCACGGCGGAGUUCAUCCUCCUCUGGUCACAAACAAGGCAUCCCGUCCUCCAGCAGUGAGAUCUCUCUCAGUCAGACUCCCCCUCCACCCAACGGCCUUAACCAAAACUAUGGACGACAGGGGAGUAUGCCACUAUCAGGAAGCAUGGACAAUAUGCAGAGUGACCCAGGCUUUUACCAGGUAAGGUUCUGUCAUAGUGUCCACAAUAAAAACACUCUGAGUGGUUUCUUCUUCUAACUCUCCUGUCAAGGUUCAUUUUAUGUCUUUGGCUUUUUCUUGACUUGUUUCUUCUUCUGUUGUCAAUUCUUUAUCACCACGAUCCUUUUGUACCAUUUUUCUCUGUUCUUUAUGUAAAACAAUGACAUCUCCAUUAUCUUGCUCAAGUCUGAGUCUGAGUAAGUCCUGGAUCAGAGGUAUUUUUAUAUUAUUUAUAUUAUUUUAUUUUUUUAUAUGCAGAUUCAAACAGUCAUAUUUAGAGUCAGGAGCAUAUUUAAUUAUC